UUCAUAUUUAAUUUUUUUUGUUCAAUGCUAAUUUAUUCAUCUCGUUCCUCUCAACAGCAACAAACAAAUUUAUGGACUGAACAAUUUUCUUUUGAACGGCAAAAACUUCGUUUACAAAUUGCUAAACAAAUUCGAAACCAAAUGUCUUCUAUUGUUGGGCAUCUUCCAACUGCCGAUUUGUUGUUAAUAACCUCUGACAGUCAAAAAUUACCUGCUCAUUUGUGUAUAUUAAAAACACGUGCUCCUUCUUUUUACAAACGUUAUGUGCAGCCUAUUUGUAAUAAUGGACAAACAGCAACCUUACAACAACCACAACUCUUAGAAAUUCCAGUAAAUAUUGAAUUUAGUGCAUUAGAAUUUUUUAUUCGCUCAAUUUACACAGACGAGGAAGUUUUGGAAAUGGAUAUAUCAACAAAUUUAAAUAAAUUGAACGGGUCUUCGGUUGACGAUAAUAAUGAUGAUACAGAAGGAAAUUUUGAAAGUCAAAGUAGUGGGAAUGUUCAAAAUUUUUCUAGUAAAAUAAAUUUGAGUCAAAAUCAGCAAAUGUCAGCUUCGUAUCCCUCCCCAAACUCCCCUCGAGAGAUGUUAAUGCCUGGGACUACAAAUAAUUCUAGCUUGGCAAACAGUGAAAGGAGGUGUUUGAGUCAAGAAAUUUUUGGACAGACAGCAGACGAUAAUCAAGUGAGAAAACAUUCAGCAAUCUUUCCAUAUUUUAUUAAAAUGGGAAUAGAAGAAGAGGAAGAAGGUUGCAGUACAAGUAGAACAUAUUGUGGCAGUACAGGGGUAAUGAGUCGGAGUUUGCCCCUUUCAACCGGUAGCAAUAGAGGGGAAUCGCCUCAUUCAAGAGAUAGUUUUGACUGUAACACAAUCCGCGGCCGUGCAAUAGCUGCUCGUCGCCGUCAGAGUUUAUGCUCUUCCCUUAGCUCACUAACUUCAAUAGACAUCUUAACCCCUACACAAGAAAUUGCCCCAGCUCCCGUUUUUGACGAUCAAAAUGCAGCAGCUAGUAAAUUAGCCGGAGAUUUACUUAAAAUGCUCGUGGAAGAAAGAGAUUCGGCCGAUGUACUUUUAUUGGCAGCUAAUGGAGAACAAGAAAAAGCCCAUUCAUGCAUAUUGUGGGCAUGUGGAUCUGAAUUUUUUAGAUUAAAUCCAAAAAUUCAGGAACAAAUAUCAUCGCAAUCCACACGUCUUUACAAUAUAGACUUGCCUCGAUUUUCUCGAACUUCUGUUGCCUUUCUUCUUCAAUUUAUUUAUGGGGGAUUAACCUGCCUUCCUGCAACUAUUGGGAAGGACAACGAUGCAGAGCUUUUGGAUCCAUGGGAAUUGGUUGAAUUGGGGGCCUUUACUAAAGUGGAAAGUUUUGUUAAAGUAGUUGCUUUACAUCUAAGAGCUGUGCACUGCCAUUUCUUUCACCGUCCAUGUGCUUCUUGCGUUUCAGCCGUUUUUGAGGCAUUACCCAAAAUUGAGCGUGAAAUUCCCGUAAAGUUAAAAAUAUUUUUAUCAAUUUAUAAAUGAUUAUAGGAAUUAAAACAGCUUUUUAAUGAUGCAAUGCAAUGGCAAGCUGCGCAUUUUACUCGUAUUUGGAAGGGUAUUUAAUUAAAUUAUUGAAUCCCUAUAGACUAAACUUGCGAUUAAAUUGGGGGUAUUUCUGGCUCUAAGAGGCUUUUUCCACCAGCUUAAAUCUUAAAUUCUCCCAGCCUGAAUCCAGCCGAAUUUCCUCAGUUUUUAGCAACUUAGGCGAAAAUAUUUGGAAUUUCAGAAGAAAAAGAGCCUGAAAUUCUUCGUUUUCUGAGUCUUGUUUGGGCUCCGAAACACCAUCAAACAAACAAUAUAUU